AGGGGAAAUCAGAAAACUAAAUCCACUCUGCGUAUUGAAUUGAAAUCGAAUCAAAACGAAAGGGAGAUAGAGCGAGGAGAGAAAUGGCGGCAAUAACCGGUGGUAUUCAGGACGUUCCAGGCAGCCAGAACAGCCUUGAGAUCGAAAGUCUUGCUCGCUUUGCUGUUGAAGGCUACAACAAAAAGGAGAAUGCUCUUCUGGAGUUUCAAAAGGUGAUAAGUGCAAAAGAGCAGGUGGUUGCUGGCACCAUGUACUACAUCACGCUGGUGGCAAGCGAUGGUGGGAAGAAAAAGGUUUAUGAAGCCAAAAUUUGGGUUAAGCCAUGGCUGAACUUUAAGGAAGUUCAGGAGUUUAAGCUCGUUGCGAGGAGAGAAAUGGCGGGAAUACCCGGUGGUAUUCAGGACGUUCCAGGCAGCCAGAACAGCCUUGAGAUCGAAAGUCUUGCUCGCUUUGCUGUUGAAGACUACAACAAAAAGGAGAAUGCUCUUCUGGAGUUUCAAAAGGUGAUAAGUGCAAAAGAGCAGGUGGUUGCUGGCACAAUGUACUACAUCACGCUGGUGGCAAGCGAUGGUGGGAAGAAAAAGGUUUAUGAAACCAAAAUUUGGGUUAAGCCAUGGCUGAACUUUAAGGAAGUUCAGGAGUUUAAGCCCGUUGGUGAUGCCCCUGCUGAGUCUUCUGCCUAGGUUAAUGAAGACUCUGCGUGGCUAACUUGGCAUGAAGGUGGAGUUACCAGGAUGUCAAAGCGUGUAAUGUAUGGAAUAAAAGUGGCUAGUUAGUUGCCUUUGGAAUUUAUAUUCAAGUCCUUACUUAUUAUGAAAUAUGUAUGCUUUUGUAAUCCUUAUAUAAAUUCAAGUAAGAGAGAUAUGGUGGGUGUAUUAUGCGUAAAUAGUUGUAAUUGAUGCUCCGUAUAUUAGGGGCCACUUCUGUACGUACCAUCCAUACUAUAUCACCAGUGGUUUUUUUUUUUUUUUUUGGGAAAAUCCAUAUCCAUAUUCCAUGUAUAAUCUAAAAUCUUGGAAGAAGUCAUAUUAUGUAUGA